AUGCAAUGCAAGGAGAGUAACCCAGCCGGAGCACAAUCCAAAGUGAAGAAGAGCGUCAGUGAAUUUCUGGGGUUCGGCCAAUCUACGAUUGGGCGCGCCAUUGCCGAAUGGAGGAAGAACCACGACCCGUCCUUCGAAGCCUCGCAGCGAGUACGCCUGUCAAAUCGGCGAUCACCCGCCGACCACUUAACAACGGAACUCGGCGACAUCAUUGCCGCUGCUAACCAACAAUGCUUGCCUGUGUCCGCCGAGUCGUUGUCCAAGACCACUGGAAGACGUGCACGGGGUGACCGCAAGACUCGGUUCUACCUCGCCGAGUCGGAAGGAAAUGUUGCCUUCCGAGCAAAGAACAUCCGCAAGAAGUUAGCGAACCCUGGAGUCGUGGGCACAAAGAACAGUGUCCUAUUUGGUGAGUGGGUCAACGGAUCCAUCUUCACGUGGCUUUUCUUGCGCAAGUCGAAACGCAAGCGAGCUGUUGUGGCGGAUGUGGAGACGAUGACUAUCUUGGGAACUUUACAAGCGAGAUUUUCGAGGACUGACGGCGCAUGUUACCACAAACGCAUUACGAAUCCGUGCGCCAAGGUGUCCAGCCGGUGGGCCGACAUUCCAGCGUGGCUCGCGGCCAAAGGUAUCGAUGUCGACCCCAAGCUGACGAAAGCUGAGUUGCUUGUGAUGAUAAAGACGUCCCGCGAUGGACCUCGGUACGCCCCCCAGCUCAUUGCAACUGAGUACGGCCAUACCAUGUACUACACUCCACCGUACCACCAUGAGUUGCAGCCGAUAGAGAUCAUUUGGGGCAUCGUGAAGCAAUAG